AUGCGUUCCCUCCGAUCCAAGCGCCUCGCCCUGAGGCCCGUCCCUCGAUUCCUCUCCACAGCGUCUUCCACUCCCUCGUCGUCGUCGUCGUCGUCCAAGCCGGCGGCGCUCAGCUCCGUGCUCAUCGCCAACCGAGGCGAGAUCGCGCUGCGCAUCAACCGCACCGCGGAGCGCAUGGGCAUCAAGGCGACGACCGUGUACACCGACGUCGACGCCAACUCGUGGCACGCCUCGUCGGGCUUCCAGUCGCUCGCGCUCGGCCCGGCCAACGGCUACCUCGACGGCGAGAAGAUCAUUGCGCUGGCCAAGAAGCACGGCAUCCAGGCGCUGCACCCGGGCUACGGCUUCCUGUCCGAGAACUACAAGUUCGUCGAGCGAUGCGAGGAGGAGGGCAUCGUCUUCGUCGGCCCGCCGGCCACGGCCAUGGCCGACAUGGGCAACAAGGCCCGGAGCAAGGAGAUUAUGAACGCCGCCGGCGUGCCCUGCGUGCCGGGCUACCACGGCUCUGAGCAAGGCGAGGCGGAGCUGCUGGCGUACGCCAAGGAAAUCACAUUCCCCGUGCUGCUCAAGAGCGUGCGGGGCGGCGGCGGCAAGGGCAUGCGCAUCGUCAUGAAGGAGGACGAGUUCGUGACGCAGCUCAAGAGCGCGCGGGCCGAGGCCAGGGCGUCCUUUGGCGAGGGCGGCGAGGUGAUGCUCGUCGAAAAGUACAUUGUGCGCCCGCGCCACGUCGAGGUGCAGGUCUUUGCCGACAAGUACGGCAACACCGUCGCCCUGGGCGAGCGCGACUGCAGCGUCCAGCGGAGGCACCAAAAGGUGCUCGAGGAGUCGCCCGCGCCCGACCUCGACGAGGCCACGCGGCAGGACCUGUGGGACAAGGCGCGCAAGGCCGCCGAGGCCGUGGGCUACGUCGGCGCCGGCACGGUCGAGUUCAUCCUCGACAAGGACAGCGGCAAGUUCUACUUUAUGGAGAUGAACACGCGCCUGCAGGUCGAGCACCCCGUCACCGAGAUGGUCACCGGCCUGGACCUCGUCGAGUGGCAGUUCCGCAUCGCCGCCGGCGAGAAGCUGCCGCUGACCCAGGCCCAGGUCGAGGAGCAGAUGAGCCAGCGGGGCGCCGCCAUCGAGGCCCGCAUCUACGCCGAGAACCCGGAGAAGGGCUUCAUGCCCGACUCGGGCAAGCUCAUCCACGCCGUGCUGCUCGACGCCGCAAAGGCCGACCCGGACAUCCGCCUCGACUGGGGCUUCGGCUCCGGCAGCGUCGUGUCCGAGGCCUACGACGGCAUGAUUGCCAAGCUCAUCGUCCGCGGCGACACCCGCGAGACGGCCAUUGCCAAGCUCGCCGCCGCCCUGCGCGCCUUUGAGAUUGUCGGCCUGAGCACAAACGUCGAGUUCCUCAAGCGCAUGUGCGCCUCCGAGGCCUUCAUCGCCGGCGACGUCGAGACGGGCUUCAUCGACAAGUGGCGCCACGAGCUCUUCAAGCCCCGCCACAUCGCCAACGAGGUCUUUGCCCAGGCCGCCCUCGGCGUCCUCAGCAACCAGACGCACAAGCACAAGCACGCCCCCGGCUCCGGCUCCGGCUCCAGCCCGCACGGCCUGUCACUCGGCUUCGGCAACAGCAACUCCACCAGCGAGCGCCGCCUCGCCUUCAAGGUCCUCGACGGCUACAGCGAGAACGAGGGCGAGGUCGUCGAGGCCACCGUCUCCCAGACGGGCCACAACGUCUACACCAUUGCCGUCGCCCGCAAGGGCUCCUCUUCCGAGCCAGAAGUCUUCCGCAACGUCAUCAGCGAGCCCACCAUCUCCGGCCCCGUGACGAAGCUCAAGUCGCGCUUCCCCGGCGAGCGCAUCGAGUCCACCGUCGUCCCGCAGGAGACGGACACGGAGACCAAGCUGGCCAUUUUCCAGCACGGCGUCAAGACGGACCUGGCGCUGCUGCCGCCGUCGUGGUACGAAAAGGCCCUGGGGCUCAAGGAGAUGACGGCGUCCGUGGCUGCGCCCAUGCCGUGCAAGAUUUUGAAGAAUGAGGUUGAGGAGGGGCAGAGCGUCAAGAAGGGCGAGCCGCUGGUUGUCUCUAACAAAGCAACUUUUUACCAGGACAUUUGCAAAGCGGGAACUGUUCUGGUCUUGUUCGAAGAAGAUGCCAGCAAAGAAGAGUCAUCGUAA